GGCAGCGGCGCCAGAAAAGCAACAGACGCCAUGUCGAAUCUACUAGUGGAAGUUGAGCCCUCGCAGUCGUCCUUCUUUGCGGGUGAGGACUUCCACUGCAUCAUCACCUUUACCAACACCCUCGUCCCAACACCUCAGACCCAACCGCUCCCCUCGAUACCCGCUUUCGGCAACGGUCAACAGCAUCUCUACCCUGAAGAUGGCUACAACGGCACCUCUUCACCCAGGAGAGCUGUCUCUUUCGCGGCACCGCAGGUCGAGAGCUCCCUGGGCGCAGCGGGUCCAUCUUCCCACCUGGCGUCUUCGUCAAUCUCGUCGAACUCCUCGAGUGGAGGAGCGUGGGGAGUCAAAGCUCAUAACAAAUCCAAGAGCGUCGAUGUGAAGACAUUUGCUCGUCAGAACCAGCUCGCUUCCACGUUUGAUGAGGGGUCCCCUGAAGGCGAAGGUGGUGGAGAUGAAGGGUACUAUCGUCGCCAGAGAGCUGAGGCCGAGGAGGAGGAAGGUACACGGAUGAAUGAGGGAGACGAGGGUGCCGAAUGGUGGUACACUCAACUGCCUCCGAGGAGAAGCCUCAUCGGCAAGGCAAAGCCUCCGGAGGUGCCGAUGGCAGCGCCAGCACCGGGACAGUCGACUCCUGGGAAGCGAAAGCAUAUGCGAUCGAAGACCCUUCAUACAAAUAUCGAUCACAACGCGACGCCUGCAGGUCUAGGUAUGGGCUAUCCUCAGACUCCGACCUCGGCAGGUGCGAAAAAUGGCCAACAUCAACCCUCGCUGUAUCAUCGUCUCGAUGCCAUGGCCCUCGAGCAGCAACAGCAACAGUUGCAACAAUCUCCCAGCGGAUCGCCCCUCUCGUCGCGGCAACCCAGCUCUUCGUUGCGAAGACCGAGCAACCCCAUCGCCGCCUCACAUCCUCAUGGCCGCAAAAAGUCAGUAGCCCAGGUCCAGGCCGAGGACCUUGUCGCGACAUUUGAGCUUGACAAGCAAUCUCAGCAACCUUCGCCCUCGGACGCUAAUACGCCGACGCAGAGCCUGACGCCCACAACGCCGCGUGACUCGUUCGACCUGCGUCAAGGCAGCGGCAGCAAUAGGCUAGGUGCUUUUUACAAUCUGGGCGAGAAUAACACAAUGGAGAGCGUGUUGCGGGAAGAUUUCUCGAAUUGGGCAAAGACGAGAGAUCAUGGGAGGCGCGAUUCAAUCUCGUCUAUCGCCUCUUCGUCUGCUCCAGGCCCCAACACGCCGAAAGCUCUGCGUGCGCCCAACUCCUCUUCUCCGCUCUUUUCUACGGGCCAGACUGCUCCGGGCACCGAGUCACUGCUUUGGAGCUUUGCCCAAUUUGGAGGCAGCUUCGAGAUAAACGAGAGCCUGGUAAAGCCGGGUGAGUUCGAGGAAGUCAAGCGAAAGCUAGCUGGUGGCAGCUCUGUCAACGGUCCAGGAAGCGGUAUACCCUCAACGCCCGUCGGAGGCGGCGAUUUGGCCAGUGAGACGUCAGCGGAAAUGUCCAAAGAUGGGUGGGGCACCUAUCUGAGAGGAAUGCUGCUGAGAAGCGCACCUCCAUCAUCGUCGAGAAGCACACAUCGCAGGACAGGAAGCACGCUCAUCGACACAAGAGAAAAGACGAUAGCGAGCAGGAGCAUUCCAGUCUUCUGCACGCCGCCCAGCAUCGUUGCGGUGGACCUCAAUCUUGCCCCAGGCGAAUCCCGUAGUUAUUCAUUUAGGAUCCCGCUGCCUCCAGAUUUGCCUCCUUCCUACAUGGGCAAAUCGUUCUCGUUUACCUAUACCCUGACACUGGGAACAAAUCGCUUGGUCAAGUCUAAAAAGGGAGGAGGUCGAGGCGGAGGAGGAGGAGGAAAUGAGCAAAAGAGCAGAUUGGUAAGGAUUCCGCUACGCAUCUACAACCUCGUCAGCGUUACGGGCGUCACAGCCUUUUUCGACUUGACGAAUCCAGUCGUCAACCUCAGGGAUGAGGCAGUGGUCAAACCGGUCGAAGUUGGCGCGGGAUUUGGAGACGGCAACGGUAGUGCGAUCGGAAGAAGAGACUCAGUCACGAGGCGAGAAAGGGCAGCUACUCUAAGAGGUGAGUCUAAUGAAGACAGAGUGAAGAUCAGCAUAUUGACAGAUAGGCGCACCAGACGGAAAUCAGAGGGAGCUGGUGGCAUAUACUCGCGACCUGCUGGCUUCGUGCCAAGAUGACACGGGAAGUCACGACGAUGCGCCGACCGAUCUUGAGCGAGCGACAGAGCUUGCGCAGAGGCAGGCACGUCAGUCGCUCUCGCCGUCUUCGUCUGCAUCUUCUGCCUUGGACGGGGCACAGGCCCCGCCUCUGUCUCCCACCAACAGCUUGACUCCCCUCCCGCGAGCCUCGUCGGCUUUGGGAAGACGCGCGUCGGCUUCAAGCCUCCACAACUCGGGAAGUCACAUCUUGGGCGAAGAUGACGAUGUGCCAAAGACAUCGAUGGAGGCAGUCGAAGUCUUGAGCCGCAACUCUCAAAAGGGUGAGUAACAGAAGCCUUGAAAGUAGAAGAACAGAUGCACCGCUGAUGUUUGGCCCCCAUCAUCAGUCUCGUACGAUAUCUCUAAAGACGGACAAGUGGCCGCUGUGCUCACCUUUGUCAAGUCAAAAUUUCGCCUGGGCGACACAGUCUCUGGCGUCGUGACAAUGAACCGCUCCCGG